GCACAGGAAGGGGACCUGGUCACAGUACAGACAACAGCUAUUUUUAAGUGUUGUGCAGUCAAGAAAUUAGAUGAUAUUUGCAGCUGGAUUUAUCGGCAGUAUUUUUUUAAAAAAUAUAUUCAAUUAUAAGCUCAAUUCAGCAGAGGCCCAACUCAUAUACACUAUCUGCGAGUUUUACCUUCUGAAGCCGGGCCACCAUGACUGAGAAGGAACCAGAAGUGCACGUGGAAGACGAUGAGGACGAGCUAGACACAAAACUCAACUACAAGCCCCCACCCCAAAAGACACUUCAGGAACUGCAGGAGCUGGACAAGGAUGACGAGAGCCUUGCGAAAUACAAGAAGACUCUGCUAGGGGAUGGGCCUGUAGUGGCAGAUCCAUCCAUUCCUAAUGUAACCGUUACUCGACUCACUCUAGUAUGCGACAGUGCUCCAGGGCCAAUCACCAUGGACCUCACAGGGGACCUUGAAGCUCUGAAGAAACAAACCUUUGUAUUAAAAGAAGGAGUAGAAUAUCGAGCCAAAAUCCACUUCAAAGUAAAUAGAGAAAUUGUAUCUGGCUUGAAAUAUGUGCAGUUCACUUAUCGGACAGUAAUGAAAGUUGACAAAGCUACAUUCAUGGUGGGCAGUUACGGGCCGCGGCCGGAGGAGUAUGAAUUCAUGACACCUUUGGAGGAAGCCCCGAAGGGCAUGAUGGCUCGAGGAAACUACCGCAACAAGUCCUUCUUCACCGAUGAUGACAAGCAUGACCAUCUCACCUGGGAAUGGAACUUGGCCAUUAAGAAGGAGUGGACAGAAUGAGUUCCACCUCAUUUCCUUCUCUUCGCUUCUUCCUGCCACUCGCUGUGCCCAUCUCUGGCACCUGCAUGCCACGCUUCCUCUGCACAAUCCACAUGGCCUGUUUAUUCUCACCAGAUAUUUUGUUAACACAGGCUUUUGGACAGAGUCUGUCUCUCCUGUUGCUGCUUCAUUGUAAAUAAUUACAAGGAAUUAAACUGGGUCAAGCCAUCCCCUUUCUGUUUUCACCAGAUCAUUCCUUGAAGUGCCUUUGCAAGGAAAACUCAUGGCUGUUGACCUAACUUUGUUAUUAUCAUAGCAUAUAGAUUCUCUCCAUUUAAAGAUAUGUCUUUUUGCCUUUUCCUACCUUGCAGUCUUUAUUCACUGGAAACAUCUUUGCGUGUCAGUGGAUUCUAUUGUGUUUAAGAUUUUUUGGAUGUAAUCUCUAAAUCUGCACUUGGGAAUCUUGUCUUUAUCAGUAACAGGAGACACCGUUCCUGUCCUGGUGUGUAAAACUUUUGAUGUCUUUGAAAAUAAAGCCAGUUUUGUUCUUUC